CACGCCUGUCUGCUUUCUACUUCCAGUAUGGCGGCAGGGACUUGCGGAGGAGGACAACUUCUUCUAGAUUCUCUCCAGAAAACCGCCGGAAGCCAACAGCUGUAAUAAAACACCACCACCGCAAACUGGAUUAGGACUAAUACAGGGAACGACAGCGCAACCAGCGUCCUCCAGUGAGGUUCCCCCGAAGCACAGCAGCAGUGUGAUGCGCGGGGAGCCGCAGUGAAGAAGAAACUCCCCAGAUUUUUCCGCGUCUCUCUCCGCUCUGACUGUCAGUUAGCCGGCUAGCUGCUAGCUAGCUCACCUUUGCGCUUGCGUUCGCGGUGCGGGACUGUUUGUAGCCAAUGACGCCUCGGCUUGCUGGUUUUAUUUGCUACUGGAGACAGGUAUGGCAUAUCGCUUCCACUCGGUAAGCGAACUGGUUGAUAAGGGUGGGGAGAAAACAUUGGAGGACUUGAAUGAUAACUUUGGAAGUACUCAUUAGCCUAGCAUAGCCUAGCCUAGCUGGUUGAACGCCAGAGACGUUGGUCGAGAGUUAGAGAUAAGCGUUUUUGCUGUAAAAGACGACUUACUAAUCCCCUGAAUAUUGGCUGUUGAGUGUUUUGAGGCAUAAAUUCCCAUCGGACUGCUUUAACCGACCCACGGGAGUGUUUCUGGCUCUCCGGCUCUGCUAGGUGUUGUUAGCGGUCUCGUAGGUGCACUGUGGAGGGAGUGGUGACCCGACGUGAGGUGCCAAGAUAAGGCUCCCUGUAUCAGGGUAACAAGGUCACCCCGAUUAUCAUGUGCCGUUUAGACGAACAGCAAAUGACACUCGAUUAAAGUGCGUGUGGACCGGCUUGUUGUUAGCCUGCUGCCGGCAGGUAAACGCAUCACAGCUCGAAAAAAAGGCGCAAUAGUUCAGCAAAUGUAGGGAAUAAACAGGUGGGUUUAUUUAUUUGGAGGAACUUCUGCUGUUUUGUGCGACGAAAGAUAAACUUUGAAUGGUUUUACUUCCCAGCUCCACUGCUUGAAUAGUUUGAUGGACGUGAGGGGCUGUUUGCCAGGCUGUCAGUGCUAUAAUCAGUCAUGUAUGUCUUGACACAUGGCACCUUGGUCUGUACAUAGUGUUUGCUGUCAGAUUUAAGCGUCGUUAUGUAGCUUUAGUGGGGAGCCAUUGAAAAAGGAAUGUCUUGUCUUUUUAUACAUGUUUGGUUUGUUUUUUAUUUUCCUUUUCCUCCAACGAAGGGCAGUCUAGUUGAGUCAAAGUGCAGUCCCGAGAGCGUACAGGGGACAAUGCUUAUCAGUUAGUGCCUAGAAGAUUACAGAACUCGGAGAUCUGCCUGCAGACAGGCCUCAGAUAUUGUAGAUUAUUCUUUUUUAGGGGGGAUGCACCAAAACCCUGCCAAUCUGGAUCAGGAAAACCUCUCCAUUGUGUCUGGUUGGAGUAACACACUCAAGCCAAAAUCAAUGCCUUCAGCACUGGCCGUGUUCACCUGCCGACCCAACUCGCACCCAUUCCAGGAGCGGCAUGUGUACCUGGACGAGCCGGUCAAGAUCGGAAGGUCUGUGGCUCGCUGCCGACCGGCCCAGAACAACGCCACCUUCGACUGCAAGGUGCUGUCCAGGAAUCAUGCUCUUGUGUGGUUCGACCACAAGACCGGGAAGUUCUACCUUCAGGACACUAAAAGCAGCAACGGGACGUUCAUCAACAGCCAGAGACUGAGCCGAGGGUCCGAGGAGAGUCCGCCCUGCGAGGUUCUGUCCGGCGACAUCAUUCAGUUUGGGGUCGAUGUCACCGAGAACACACGCAAAGUCACCCAUGGCUGCAUCGUGUCAACAAUCAAACUGUUUCUACCUGAUGGGAUGGAGGCCCGCAGACGAAGCGAUGUCAUCCAGACUCCAUUACCACUACCUAUAGACAAGGUGGCAGCCAACACUCCCAGUAUGUACUCUCAGGAACUGUUCCAGCUCUCCCAGUAUUUACAGGAGGCCUUACACAGAGAGCAGAUGUUGGAGCAGAAGCUGGCCACUCUGCAGCGGCUCCUGUCCACCACUCAGGAGGCUUCAGAGAGCAGCUGGCAGGCUCUGAUAGAUGAGGACCGGCUGCUGUCCAGGCUGGAAGUGAUGGGCAGUCAGUUACAGGCCUACUCUAAGUCGCAGACAGAGGAAGGGAUCCGUAAGGAGCUCCUGGCUCUUCAGGAGGACAAACACAACUACGAGACCACAGCCAAGGAGUCCCUGAGGAGAGUCCUGCAGGAGAAGAUCGAGGUGGUCAGGAAGCUCUCUGAGGUCGAGCGGUCGCUGAGCAACACGGAGGACGAGUGCACCCACCUGAAGGAGAUGUCUGAGCGGGGCCAGGAGGAGCUGCAGGAGCUGGCCAGCAAGUACAACGCUGCCGUCAACGAGAUCAAGGAGCUCACAGACAAGAUCAAGGCGGCGGAGGGCAGGCAGGAGGAGCUGACGCUGCAGGGAGUGACGGAGAAGCGGGAGCUGGAGAUGCGGAUCGAAGAGAUGGAGGAGAAGGAGCAGGUUCUGCAGGCCCGCAUCGAGGCUCUGCAGGCCGACAACGACUUCACAAACGAGAGGCUGGCCGCCCUCCAGGUGCGGUUAGAACAGCUGCAGGAGAAAAGCAACAGUAUUGAUGUCUGCCCCGGAUCGCUAGAGGAGCCUGUGGAAGUCAAACAGAACCUGCAGACCUCUGAGAACCGGGACGAAGACGAGGCGGAAACAGACACCGAUGAUGGUGCAGUUGGUGAAGAUGGAGAGAACGAUGACAACUGUCAUGUCAACAGUGGAGAAGACUCGACUAGAAUCCCACAGUUGAUUGAGUGUCCGCCCGUCAAGCAGCUGAAGGAGAACGUCUGCUCUUCCAUACACAAACUGGCCAACUUUGAUGAAGUGAUGGACGCCCACCUGCAGAACAAUCAGGCGCCAGAAGACGACCUGCUGGCCAGCCCCGAUCGCCUCAAAGGAAACCAGAUGGACGCCAAAGAGUCCGACAUGUCCGACACGCUGAGUCCCAGCAAAGACCGCAGCAGCGACGACACGUCAGACGGCAACAUGAACGACCAGGAGCUGAACGAACCCCAGAACAGAGUCGCUCUCCUCAAAGCGGAGUUGAAUCGAGCCGGUCUGGACGCUGGAGACACGGAGAACGUCAUCAGCUACCUCCACAGAGAACUUCUGGAAGCCCAGGACUUGGCCAACACCGGGAAGCAGAAAUGUCUGGAACUACAAGCUCUGCUGGAGGAGGAGAGGAGGAGUAACUCCAAGCUGACCGAGGAGUCGACCAAACAGAUCCAGUACCUGCAGACUCAGCUCGGGAAGCUGCAGGCCGACAUGGAGGCCCUGAAGGAGCAGAGGGAGAGCACCAUCUGCAGCACCAGGGAGGACCUGUACUCCGCCCAGGAGGAGAUUCUGGUCCUGCGACACGCCAUGGAGACGGUCACAGCCGAGCGUGAGCGCGAGAUCGCCGCCCUGCAGGCGGACCUGGGCGGUGUGCGCACGGAGCUGGAGCACUGGAGGAGCACGGCGGCCAAGUACGAGGAGGAGAUCAGCCGGCUGCAGGAGGCCUUUGCUCAGCAGCAGCAGCAGCAGCAGCAGAACACGGCCAGCCAGCUGCAAGAGGAGUGUGCAGCUUUGCAGCAGCGCUGUGCGUCUCUGCAGCAGGACUGUGACUUUCUGAGAGCUGAGCGGAGAGACCUGACGGACAAACUGCAGCACCUGGAGGCGGAGCUCAGCAGCACCAGGGAGCAGAGUCUGGUCCUCAGCAGCAGUCUGGAGUCUCUGGAGAAGCGGAAAGAGGUUCUGCAGGACAAACUGGGUUCUCUGGAGAACCAGCACCUGGAGGACGCCAGCCGGCUGAAGACACAGCUGGACCAGGCCCAGGCCCGAACACACACCCUGCAGAAAGAGUACGAAGACACUCAGUCUCAGCUGUUUGACCUGCGGCGGCGCUACGAGAAGACGGAGCAGGAGAAGCUGAACAUCCACCAGGAGCUGGAGCAGUGCCGCAGCAGCCUGAAGCUGCUGCAGGACAAGACCAGCUCUAGCGGCUGGAGCCCCUGGAUGCCGGUCAUCGCAGUGAUGGUUGCCGUGACGGCAGCUGUCCUUUACCCCAACCUGUCCAAGAGCAGCGCUGCCUGAGACGCCGCCGCGCCGCUUUGUGUAAAAAAGCAAAAACAAACACACAAAAAAAGAAAGAAAGAAAUAUUGUACAUAAUUGUAGAGGGAACGUGGAGGUCGUGUUUCCUGCAGAGGACUCGGAUACUUCCUGGUUUAUUUUUUUGGAGUUCUGUCAUUUUUAUCUUCUGAUUCUGGUCGGGUCUCUCUGGGUGACGAAGCGCCGAAGGUGAAACGUUCCAGCUCGAGUUUUUUUUUCUCUUCUGAAAUAUUUACAGAUAUUUAUAUCAAAAAUCUGCAUCAUUUACUCCAAAACAAGAAGAGAUUUCCCUGUUUGUUUUUGGAGCAGAUGAUUCCACGUUUGGUUACUUCCUCCAACAGUUAACACUAGCAGUCUGGGAAACAAUCCGCUGGGAAGCGUUCACACCGAGGCGUCACGUUUUUGUUCUUCUUCGGGGAAAUUUGGGGUUAAAACUUGAAGCCAAAUUGUUGAAAUUCAGAUUAAUAUUUUUUACUUUUCUGUUUUGGUUUUUAGUUGUUUGUUUUUUAGGGGGUGCAGGAAUCGGGGGGUUUAAGUGCCUCUGAUGUUACUAACAAACACUGCAGUUUGUGUGCAGAGAAACACACAUUUUGACCACCAGAGGCCCGUCGGCGUUAAGAGUCGGACUGCGAUGUCAUCAUUUUGGCAAAUGAAAACAGAAAAUCUUCACGAUGUUCAUAAUUUAUCAGAGAACGGGAAAGUUUUGGUCAUAUUGGAGCGAGAAAAAAAAAGUUAAAAAUGCUUCCUGCUAUGAUUCUUCAGAGAAAAUUGAACUUUCAAGUCCAGAUUAGAGAAACAAACGUAUUUAUGACAGUUUGAGUCCAAAUCUUAACGUCGGGUUUUGUUUUUUUAACACAUCUAAGUGCGUCACAAACAGCUAACAUGGCCGCCGACCCGCAGCGCCGGGGCCUCUGAACGUUUGUUUUUAUUCUUCAACAGUAACGAGCUCUGUGGGUUUGUGUCGGUUCACACGUUGGGCAACGUUCGUCAUCGUCCGUGUUAAUCUGUCUCGUCUCCGUGUCGAUUCAAAUAAUAAUGAAUAAAUAAUAAUAAAAGACAGCGAACAAAUAUUCCUGAUGUUUGAAGAAAAAACACUAAAGUUACAGAGAGAAUUGUAAAAUAAAAGGUUGAUGAAUGACGUGCGACUAGACUUAUUUUGUUGAGACUGUUUAGAGUUAUGAGAGGUGAGAGCUGUUGUAGAGAAAUGUUAUUGAAUAUAUGCAGAGAAAUGUUUUUGGAUUAAAGUUGUAGCAAAGCUGACCCACCAAA